GGAGCCGCUGGGCCCCGGGGGGGAGCCGCUGGGCCCCGGGGAUGUGGCCUGUGACUCCUGUAUGGCCGGGAAGCUCCGGGCCAUCAGGUCCUGUCUGACCUGUCUGGUCUCCUACUGCCCGACCCACCUCCGGCCUCACCUGGAGAACAGGGCCUUCCACACCCACCGGCUGAUCGCUCCGGUCACGGACAUCGAGCGGCAGCGGUGUCCGCGCCACCAGCGGCCGCUCCACUUCUUCUGCAGCACCGACCAGACCUGUGUGUGCGAGCGGUGCGUCCCCGAGGCCCACACACAGCACCAACUGCUCACAGUGACCGCGGCCCGAGGCCAGAAACAGGGAGAGCUGCUGGAGUCACAAACCAAAAUCGAGAAGAAGCUCAAAGCCGUGGAGAACGCGAUCGAGAAACUGCAAACCAACAGGGCCUCCAUCGCCAAUUCCGUCUCGGAAGUGAAGUCCUGCGUCGAGAAGCAGUUCAACGAGGUGACAGAAUGCGUCCAGAAAGCCCGGCUCGAGGUGAUGGAAUUCCUGGAGAAGGAGGAGGGGGCGUCCCUCAAACAGGCGGAAGGUAUCCGGGCUCACCUCGAGCAGAAGUGCGAGGAGUUAAGAAAGACCAAGGAGCAGAUGAAGGAGCUGGGGACGAGGAAAAACACCGUGCAGUUUCUGCAGGAAUUUUGUGAAUGGAAGAAGAGCCACGGGGAUGACUUGUUGCCCAGUGUGUACAUUGGUCUGAUCGACAAGCUCGCUGGGAUCAGCAAGACCGUGUGUGAAACGUCGGACAGCAUUAAACAGCUGCUCCAAACGUCCUACAGAGAGAAGCUGAUGACGUGUGCCAAGGCAGAGAAUUGUGGCUUCAAAACGACUGUGGCUGUGAUCUGUCCUGCAGAACACUGGAUUACGGCCCCACAGCCCACGUCUGUCAGUGACUUCCAGAAAUACGCAGUCAGCCUGGUGUUUGACUCAAACACGGCUCACAAGUAUCUCCGGCUGGUGGAAGGCAAUCGCAAGGUCUCCAACACCAGCCCCUGGCUGCAGCCGUACCCCGAGGACCCGGAGAGGUUUGAGCACUGGCGGCAGAUUCUCUGCACCGAGAGCUUUUACAUGGCUCGCUCUUACUGGGAGGUGACGAUCAGCGGGGAGGGCACGUACGUCGGGGUGACUUACAAGAGCAUCGACCGAAAGGGAGCGGAGAGCAACAGCUGCAUCACGGGCAACGAUUUCUCCUGGUGCCUGCAGUGGACGGGCAGGGAUUUCUCGGCCUGGCACGGGGACACGGAGGUGUCCGGGUUAGCUGGGGACUUCCACAGGAUCGGGGUGUACCUGGAUUACCGGGGACGCUCGCUGGCAUUUUACGGGGUCGCUGCCGAGACGAUGACACUACUGUACAAGUUUAACGCCGUGUUCACCGAGCCCCUCUAUCCCGCAUUUUACCUGUCGAAGAAGGAGGCGACUGUGUCGCUGCUCCCAGCGGAGAAGGACCCAGGAAAAGAUGUAACCGUACAACAGUAACUCACCAGAUACGGACGGAAUAGUGUUACAGAGAGCGAUAGGACUCGGAAUUGAUCCGGUCAUAUUCCACAUGAGCUUCCACCCAUCUAUUCACUUCUCACUAAAAAAAACGAUUAAUAUCGACUUACUGCCCUUUCUUAUGCCUCCCACAAGCUCCCCUGACCUCCUCAAACAGUAUGGAUUCACAGAGGUCAAUAAAUGAGAAUAUAACACGCAAAGAACUUUGUGCAAACUUGACUCCCCGGUUUGGAGUGCACUGGAACAUCGUCUCAGACUCAGCUACCAAUUGCAAGGCUUGGCUUGAACCCACAACCUUCUGCUUCAGUUGCAAGUCAACUUAGAUGAACUGUUAACCUUUUAAGAUGUCAGCCUCGCUCAGUUGCUCACACUCUCUCGCUUCUGAAUCAGAAGGCUGUGGCUUCGAGCCCCACUUCAGGACUUUCAUUUGCACCAUAAAUGCAGUGACUUAAGAGCAGAAGAACAUAAGAACAGAAGAACAUUUGCUGGCGAAAGAAGACCAAGGUCCAUCGAGUUCGCCUUCCACCAUUCAUGGCAGUCGCUUGAUAUGUCGUGUCCCAAAUUAUAUGCUGUAUCCCGAAAUAUUUUCUAACAGAAAUCUAUCUAACUUAAAAUGAUUUAAA